AUGGGACCCAAACUCAAGAAGAGCAAAGCUUUCACAGGCAAGAUCAUGGAGGGGAGAUCGAGCAUCUCCAGCUGCUUUUCGAAGGUAAUCCAUUUUCAAUCUAACCGCCCGUUCCGGCACGAGCGUGUGAGAUAAUCAUCGUGGGCUGCCGCGCUCUCCGCUCGCUCGCCGCGCACGAACACCCGCCCCCCACCCAACAACUUUCCGUGUGAAGAUGUGGCUGUCACGGGGCCAUAGUUUAGGAGUCGUUUGUUGCUGCUUUUUGUGCGUACAUGUAGCAACCGUGCAUGUUGAAGUUGUGAGCGCGACCAGAAUUGCCGUGUUUUUUUUGUGCUAAAGUUUGUGUACACAGCAGUAAAGAAAGCAUGGAAACAGCAGUUCGAUCCAGUCAUGCUGCACCUCUUCAACCGCUUGACAUGCCCAGGAAUACGAAACAAUGCCUUUCCGCCACCGCUCGCAUCCUGUACGUUGUCACUCACAGAGCACGAGUUUGCACGUUUGCACCUUUAACCACGUGACAUCUCGUGAUACUUUUUGCUUUGUGCAUGUCGCCCUGCCGCACUUUAUUUUUUGCGG